AUGGUGAAGCCAGCAAAUCUUCCUGCCGAGCCUCACGACCGUGAGGGUGUUGACGUCAUUCCCAGAGGAACAGUCUUUAAGAGUGACCGUGAAUCCGGUGUAAUUACGAACAGCAGCCAAUCCGCAGUUCAAAUAAUCGACAUUCGAACAACCACUGUAGAAUUGCAACUCAAUGACGAUAUUGUCAAGGGGUUGGAUGCUCCGGUUGGUGAGAAAACUCUCCCAACAAUGUUGUUGUACGACGAGGCUGGCCUCAAGGAGUUUGAGGCCAUCACAUAUGUUGAUGACUAUUACCUCACCAAUGCUGAGAUCGAAGUUCUGUCGACGUAUGCCGAGGAAAUCGCCUCUCGUGUUCCACACGGAGCUCUACUCAUUGAACUUGGGUCUGGCAACCUCCGCAAGGUAAACAUCCUCUUGCAAGCCCUCGAAGCUGCUAAGAAGAAUGUAGACUACUUUGCACUGGACUUAUCACGCCCAGAGCUCGAAAGGACGUUUGCAAACAUUCCACAGAAUGCUUUCAAGUACGUCCGUUGUUUCGGACUCCAUGGGACAUACGAUGAUGGAAAGGCUUGGUUAGAGAGCAAUGAGGAGGUUAAAAGUCAUCCUCGCUUUAUCCUUUGGCUUGGUUCCUCUAUUGGGAAUUUCGAGCGUGAGGGAGCCGAAGAAUUCCUCAAGCAAUGGCGUGAAACCGUCAUCCGCCCAGGCACCAAGGACCGAAUGCUCAUUGCAUUUGACUCUUGUAACGAUCCCGCAAGAGUAUGGUUGGCCUACAACGAUCGUCAGCGAGUCACCGAGAGGUUCAUCAUGAACGGUUUGAACAACGCAAACAACAUUCUUGGUCAGAAAGCAUUUGAUCAACCCGAUUGGGCUUAUAUUGGCGAAUAUGAUGUUGUUUAUGAUCGCCAUCAAGCGUUCUAUGAAUCGCGCAGGGAGUUGACCCUUCCAUUGUCCAAGCCUGUCAAGAUCGAGAAGGGUGAAAAGGUCCGCGUUGAAAGAAGCUACAAGUUCUCUUACGCGCAAGCUGUUGCAAUGUUCGAGGGUGCAGGUCUUUCAAUCGGUAACUCCUGGGGGCAACCAGAUGGAGAAUAUACCCUCCACUUGCUUCACAAUCCCACCGCCAGGACUGGACUCCAACCAAAGGAGUAUGCGAAGGAAUCGUGUCCCUCUCUCAGCGAAUGGGAGGAAUUGUGGAAAAUAUGGGAUUUAGUCACUUUGAGUAUGGUCAGAAAGGACCAAUAUCUCACAAAACCCAUUUCCCUAAGGAACCCUAUUCUAUUCUACUUGGGCCAUAUUCCCACUUUUCUCGAUGUUCAGCUAUCCAGAACUGCCGACCUCGCCGCGACUGGACCGGUCCACUACAGGGACAUCUUUCAACGUGGCAUCGAUCCAGACGUCGAUGAUCCAACCAAAUGCCACAAUCACAGUGCCAUCCCAGAUACUUGGCCGAAGCUCGACGAUGUCCUUGGUUUCUGUGGCCGAGUUCGUAACCGAGUGAGGGCUAUCUAUAAUAAUGGGGAUAGCUCUUCGGUCCGUCUCCAACGUGGAUUGUGGCUCGGAUUCGAGCACGAGGUCAUGCAUCUUGAGACUUUGAUGUACAUGUUGUUGCAGCAUGAUCUGACUGUACCACCCGCCGGCGUACCAGAGCCAGAUUUUCGAGCUCAAUUUCUCUUGGAUUCGACGAAGGCGACAGAAGGCGAAACCUGGAUCAAGAUCCCGGGACAGAAGAUUGUCCUCGGAACCAAUGAUCAGGAAGAAGAAGGCGGAUUUUUCACCUGGGACAACGAAAAGCCAGCCCUCGUAUCAUCCGUCGCGCCUUUCGAAGCCUUUUCACGGCCCAUCACCAACGGCGAGUACGCCAUGUACCUCAAAAGCACGGGGUCUACUUCGUAUCCGAAGUCGUGGACAACAGAGGGCAGAAACCCCAACACCAACGUUUUGGCCGAAGUCAACCGCGAUGACCCCUCGCCUGCAGUAUUCAAUGGCGUUUUCGUCAAAACUGCCUUUGGCCCUGUUCCGUUGACAUACGCCCAGCAUUGGCCAGUUAUCGCAUCGUAUGAUGAGGUGAACGGAUGCGCUAAUUGGAUGGGUGGACGACUUCCGACCCGUGAAGAACUACAGGUCAUCUACAGCCAUACCGAGGUCGUCAAAAAGGAUUUGGAAGCGAAGAAGCUCGCAGCCAUGAUCGAUGCUGUUAAUGGGCAUUUAUCAAUGGACGGCGUACACAUCACUCCACCAGAUCUUACUGCCUUGGCUGGGAAGGCGGACGAGUCGGGAAUAAACGACAUGUUCGCCAAUAUGGUUGGAGCUAAUGUCAGCUUUCGAAGAUGGCAUCCAACCAGUGUUCUGGGGAAGAUUUGUGGAAGGGGUGAUUCAGGAGCAUGGGAAUGGAGUUCAACUGUGCUAGAGAAGUGGGAUGGGUUCAAAGCGAUGGAACUGUACCCAGAAUACACCGGUUAG